AUAGAACAAAAUUUGCUCGAAUAGUUUUGAACAUUUUGGUUUUUACAUUAAUUUAUCUUGAAAUAAAAAUCACAAGUUUUUGUUGACAUACAUGUCCUCUACUCGUAAGGACCCAUGCAAAGCUAACGCCUGUCGUAUACAAGCUUGCUUGAAAGAAAAUAACUAUCAGGAGCACAAAUGCGUCGAGGUGCUGGAGCAAAUGCGUCAGUGCUGUUUGAAGUGGCAUAAGCAAUCGAUCUGUUGCAGCGGCAUAGACCUGCAUAAAAACUACAUAACCGGCAAUAAGUCCGAUAAGCAAUCGCCGAAAGCUGAAGAAAAGUCAUCCUAGGUAUCAAGGUUUUGACUUAAUAAUUUAUGUAUA